AGGUACUUCAGGUGGAGCUGAAAAAACGACCCAAGGAUAACAAGCUAUUUGAAGAUUUCUUGGAUCUAGAGAAAGAUACCUACAGUAUGCAGCUCCUGGGGAAGAACAGAAACAGAGGCGUGGCGGAGGUGGCCGUCUCUCCUCAGACACUGACAGACUUCACGCACUUCCUGACCAUCAACAACAUUACUUUCACUAGUGUCAUUGAUGACCUCGGAAAUAAAAUUGAAUCAACUGGAGCGUCUGAGCGUGCAGAAUACUUCCUCAAUGGAGAUGUCACAUUCGACCGCUACAUGAACCAUGACGAGAUCAUAUCAUACCUAGAGCUGUUACCGAGGCAGUACCCGCAUCUAGUGAAGCUGACAGUGGCAGGACGUAGUGUGGAGGGCCGGCCUCUUCACCUCCUCACCAUCACCUCAUCACACUCCUCCACGAAACCUGUCAUCUUUAUUGACGGAGGUAUUCAUGCACGAGAAUGGAUCAGCCCGGCGGCGGCACUGAACGUGGUGGGUCACCUGCUGCAGACUCCCAAACUCACCAGGAACCUGGAGUGGAAGGUGAUGCCUCUCAUUAACCCAGACGGAUAUAUCUACUCAUGGACCAAAGAUCGUCUUUGGAGAAAAAACCGUGCCUGGACACAGUCAGCGAGCUGCGUUGGAGUAGAUCUCAACAGAAAUUUUGACUUUCACUGGGGAGAGGCAGGCUCAAGCGACCGUCCCUGUUCCCCAGAAUACAUUGGAUCUCAGGCCUUCAGUGAACCAGAGACCAGAACUCUACGAGACAUCCUGCUGCGAGACUAUAAUCGUACACAAGCGUUCGUCAGCAUCCACUCAUACGGACAAGCCAUCCUCCACCCCUGGAGCUACACCACCACCGCCACCAGAAGCAAUGCUGGUAGACUGGAAAGAGUGGGAAAAGACAUGGUCGAGUCCAUCUUUUCUGGCGAGCGAGUCUCCUACAUAGCGGGAACCUUCGGAGAACUCUUCUACACGGUGUCAGGGACAUCAGGAGACUACGCAGCAGGUGUUGGAGAGAUACCUCUCGUAUAUACACUGGAACUUAGGGACACUGGAGCCGCAGGGUUUAUUCUACCCAAGGAACUCAUCAUACCUACGGUAAACGAUGCAUGGUUGGCCAUAGAAUACCUUGCAAAUCAUGUCAUUGCGUCUGAUUUAGUUGCGAGUGAGUUAGCUAGAUCACAGAAACAGCAGAGGAGGCCGUGGCUGAGGUGAAUCUUGUUCACUUGUAACCAGAUGCCGAUACUGAGACAAGGACAACUGAAGCAGUGAUUUCUGGAAAUUAUUUGAACCUAACGUUGUGUCUUCACUGUUCUACGACACAAUGUGCUCCACCGAUCUACCCGGCGCUACCGUCACUGUCUCCCUCAAGAACCAGACGCCGCUAAUGAUGAUGUCGUCACAGCUAAAACAGACAUCUCAACAAACAUUGGCGUCCCUGAUGUAUAAGACGUAGCUACUGACACUGUCUCUCCUGCUGAAAAAAGUUGCAAUUGACAUUGUUAUUCCUGCUGAUCAAGACCUAGCUGCUGAAACAAUCUGCUUUCUGAACCAUUCACCGCUACUGACAGUGUCUUUCUCAUUGAACAAUACGUAGUUAAAAGCAAUCUUGAUCGCACUGACACCACAACUAUGUUGUAGAUGAAUAGUAUAGAAUACCGACAAGACGAAAAUUAGACACAUGAACAAAAUCUGGGCAUCUACAGUGGCCGCAGAAUUAUCUAUACUUUAACAACUUUUAGACAAUAAAACGAAAAAAAUUCAACUUAAUGUAUGGACAUGUAUUUUAUUUUCACUUUUUAGUAUCCAACUAGUACUUAGUCAUGUUACAAUGUUCUUUAUCACCAUCUGAAGUCGCCUGGGCGAGGACAGAGAAGAGGGAGGAGUUCCUGUUGAUCCAAAGCUUCUUCAGUGCCUCCUUCAGGUCAGUGAUGUUGGUGGGUCGAGCUUUGCAAUCUUAUUUUUCAUCACAUGUCAGGCAUUCUCGAUAGGAUUUAGGUCAGGGGAAUUGCCUGGCCACCCCAAAACACUGAUAUUAUUGUCCUCGAGGAGCUUUUUCACUUCUUUUGACUUAUGGGCAGGGACACCAACAUGAAAAAAAAUCACACUCUUGAAUGUUCCAAAUUGUCAGCAUGUGGUCCCUUAACACCUCGAUAUAAUUACUUCCCUUCAUCGUAAUGUUCUUAGGAAGAAAGUAUAGUCCACCUCUGCCCUUAAAACCACUAAAAGCAUCCCAGACCACAACACUAUCAGGGUGCUUCACUGUCUUCAAGGCAUCCCGCGGGUUAUAACGGGACACACCACUGUGAUGACAGACGGUCUUAGAGCCGCUCCUGACGAUCGUGAAGGCACUCUCGUUGCUGAACAUCACCUUCUGCCACUGGUCUGAGGUCCAAUCCUUGUACUUCUUUCAGAACUGAAGCCGUUUCUUCUUCAUGGCUUCAAUUAGCACAUCAAGCAGGCAUUUUCUGGUUCUUUGCAGUCAGUACUGAAUGCGACGUCUUUCGGAAAUGCAGGAUGCUUUUUGUUGAGGUCUGCGGCUGGUAUGGCAGGAUCUGGUAACACUUCCCUCUUCUGAUAGCACUUCCCUCUUCCCUCCUAGGUGGUACGGUGCCAGGUGGGAGUGAGGCAGCUGCUUUCAUGAGGUUGUAAAUUGCCUUCCUAGACACCUUCAGGUCUGCGACUAUGGAUAUUACAGACAUGCCUUGCUCUAAUAGGGUGAGUGCACGAGUCUUCUCUACAACUGAAAGUUCAGUUCGACCCAUUCUGACCACUUGGAGCUGAGAUAUAGCAUGGCAAAGUUCGUGGGCGAGUGAAAAAAUGGGCAAUGAGUAAAAACAUAGUAAUCCUCCUUCCUAAUCGAGCUCUCUGGAAGAGCUGGGGAAUGUUGGAGCAAGACGGGCUCCGGUACACUAAGCCAUCACAAGCUCUGCCCACUUUUCUUAUGGCGGAAAUUCAAGUGAAAUGUAUACACCAAACUCUAGUGAAUAGAUCUUUUCUUGCAUUGGAAAUGUAUAGAUUUUUUUGCGGCCAAUGUACAUUGUAGACAUUUCGCCAUCCAGUGGCUUUAUCAAUACAAAUUCAAUGACAUAAUUGGAGAAAAGUAGAAGUGUAUACAAAAGGUGGGAUAAUCAUUCCCAGACUCCAUGAUGUUGCAGUAUCUGACAGACUGUACUGUACACGUUCUACUGUCUACCAAUUACGUCCUUCAAUUUGUAUUGAUGCAGCCACUGGAUGGCGAAGCGUCUACAAUAAAGAUCCCAGAUGUUGCAAAUGUGUCUAAUCGACACCACAACUGACUUUAUUAUUCCCGCUUAACCAGACACAUCUGCUAACACUAUCGUAUCUAAUGACACUGUCGUCCCUUCUUAACCAGGCACCUCUAUAUGCAUUGUAGUCCUUAGGUAAAAGGACACAAGUGCAACUAGUGUGACAUAAGGUACAGAGUGAGGUGCAAAAAAAAUAACAUAGUCAUUGUUGGUAUUAGUAGUAGUAGUAGUCCUUGUCGUGGUGGAAGUAGUAGUGGUAGUAGCAGCUAUGUGAUGGUGGGGUUUAUUGCUUGCAGAAGAACUCUUGCCAAUACUUCGAAGAUGAUGAAUCUGCAUUAAGUCGUCAUUCCUACAUGAAUUUGUGUUCACUGAGACGUGUUUCAAGGUUUCUUGCUGUUUCUCCUACGUAUAUUCUGUCGCACCCUAAACAGGGGAUAGUAUAAACCCCUCCAUUGAUUAUAUCAAUGUUUUCCAAUUUCGUCCUAGUCAGAUCUUUUAUAGAACUAUUGGAUGCAAUGGCGACUUAAGUGUUAGUUUGUAUGAGUACUUUAAAGACGUUCAGUGCAACAUGGCCGUAGGGAAAAGGAUUAUAACUUUGUUAGGAGCGAUGUUAGUGCGUGGAGAAUUGAUCACCUGAAAGACUCUUGGAGUUUUCGAUGAAAAAGGAAGGGAUAUGUAGAUCAGUGAAGGUUUGGUGUAUGUAUGUACACUCGUGAAGAAACUGUGGACUGCAAAUUCGAUAUGCUCUUAGGAAAAAAUCCAGUGAUGAUCCAAUGAAGAUCUGACUAGGACGAAAUUGAAAAAAAACAUUGAUCCAAUCAUCGCUGGGGUUUAUAUUAUCUCCUGUAGAGCUUGUGACAAAAUAUGCAUAGGUGAAACAGCAAGAAACCUUGAAACUUGAAACACGUCUCAGUGAACACAUAAAGGCAUGAAGUAAUGAUAACUUGAACAAAGCCAGUGUAGAACACCGGAAUUCCGCCAACCACUUGAUGAAAUUAACGACGGCAGCCGAGUGAUCAGUUUCCGUACACUUAAGUGCCUUGAAUCAUUAUUAAUCACUUUUUCUAACACAAUUAAACAAAAUGUAGGUUACUUCAUUAUCUCUGAAACAUUGACAAGAAUACUCUUCGCCAUCACUUACCUGCUACAACUACUACGACAAGUGCUACAACUACUACGACAAGUGCUACAACUACUACGACAGUGCUACAACUACUACGACAAGUGCUACAACUACUACGACAGUGCUACAACUACUACGACAAGUGCUACCACUACUACUUCUACAACUACUACCACCACCACCACCACAAGGAAUAUACUACUACUAUAUUAUGUUUUGUACCUCACUGUACCUCUAUGUGUCCCUGUGUUGUUUGUAACAGCUUGACAAACUUCCUGGAGAGCGAAACGUAGCCAUAAUAAAAUGUCACAUUGUACUUGUGUCCUUUUUACCCAACAUAUUGUCGGUAAUUCUAACAACAUUAUUACUGUUGUCCUCGCUGAAGCAGACACCUCUGCUGACACUGUCUUCCUCGUUCCAGCUGAAAGUUGUCGCUCCCGUUGAACAAGUCGUUGCUACUAACACUUUGUCCUCGAUGAACUAAGCGCUUCUAUUUAUCCUGUCGUCUCAGCUGAACCAAAAAGCUUCUAUGUAAAACGUAGGUACUGCUACUGUGGCCUCCAUUGAGUAAAACAUUGCUCGUGAUAUUGUUGCCUCUGUUGAGAAAGACGUGGCUAAUGACUCUGUUGUCUCCGUUUAACUACACGUCACUUCUACUGCUGCUGCUGCUGAUGCAGGUGUCGCAACUGACACUCGUUCAAGCUGAACCGAACGCAUCUGCUGUCACUGUCUUUCUUGUUGAACUAGGUAUAACUACUGACACCAUCAUCUCCUCUGAACCAAAUGCCUCAACUAACACUGCCAUCCACACUGAAUAAUACUUCGCUUCCGAUACUGUCGUCCCAGUUGAACCAGACGUCGCUAGUGAUAAUGGCUCCCUGGCUAAAUAAAAUGUAGCUAUUGACGUUGUUCCCCUUUUGUGGACUCCACUAAGAUGAUAUGGUCUCCACUUCUUAGGACGUCGCUAAUGGCACUGUGGACUCCACUUAGUAAGAAAUCCCUCAUGAUACUGUGGUCUCCGCUAAGUAAGAUGUUGCUAAUGACACUUUGGUCUCUACUGAGUAAUACGUCGCUAAUGAUGUUGCUUUUUACACUUAACCAGACGUCACAUCUGCUAAUGAUUGCUGUGAUGCAGGCAUCGCUACUGACACUGUCGCCCCCGAUGAGGCAGGCGUCACUACAGAUACUUUCCUUCCGACAAAGCAGGCGUCAUUACUAACUCUGUCGAACCUGUUGAAGGAGGCGUCACUACUAACACCAUCGUCAUCUCUAAAGCAGGUUUUGCUACUGACAGUCACCCUCGAUGAAGCAGGCGUUUCAGUUAACAAUGUCGCAUCCCCCAACACACACAACUGCAGCACGGGUCACUGUUGCAUCCGUCCACACACAACACUGCAGCAAGGGUCACUGUUGCAUCACCCACACACACCACUGCAGCACGGGUCACUGUUGCAUCCCCCACACACACCACUGCAGCACGGGUCACUGUUGCAUCCCCC